AUGGGUGUCUGGGACGUGUUCACCGGCAAAUCGACACACAGCGCAUCGCCGGCGCCCACCGACAGCUACCACGAUGCCGCCGGCAACCAGAUCCAGCAAAUACAGCCAACCUUUAGCACUCCGACCGCAGAAGACGUCGGCUCUUUCAUCACACCCGGCGCAUUCGAUCCAUCGUCUCUCCACCCGCUAGCCGGCCUCAACAAGGACACGCUCGACUACCUCACGCUAGACGACGAUGUCCUUUCCGAUCUGCCCGGUAGCAAGUCAUUACUACCAUCACGAGGAUGGUCGGACGAUCUCUGCUAUGGUACCGGUGUCACAUAUCUCACAGCCUUGACGAUAGGGGGCGCAUGGGGCUUGGCAGAAGGUCUCAGCAGAGUGCCAGCAGCAGCGCCUCCGAAACUGAAGCUGAACUCCGCCCUGAACGCCAUUACAAGGAGAGGGCCAUUUUUGGGCAACUCUGCUGGAGUGGUUGCCAUGAUGUACAAUGGCAUAAACAGCACGAUCGGGUACUACAGAGGGAAACACGACGCACUGAACAGCGUCGCAGCAGGUGGAAUCAGCGGAAUGAUCUUUAAGAGCUCAAGAGGCGUGCGGCCUAUGGCUAUAUCUGGCGGCAUUGUAGCAUCGCUCGCCGGCACGUGGGCAAUCGUGCGAAAAGCGUUCCUCGACGGAGAAUCAUGAGAAGGGUGUGAUAAUAAUGUAAGAUGAUACAAGCUAUGUAUGAGGCAAGAGCGGGGCGUCUGAUAGGUUGGUUUUGGAAGGUUGUACUUGCUACAUCACGGCGGGCGCGCAGCUGCUCAGCACACGGAUAGAGGCUUCCAGGCAUAGCGACGGCGCAUCACCUUCUCAUCUCCACUGCAUGGCAUUGUCUAGGCCUUCAAUGUCUAUUUGAGGCUCGCGGUAGCAUUCUCAAGCGACAAAAGAGCAUUAUUUGUACAUUACAAACGCAGCAUUUUGCCUACAGCACUUAGCCCAUUUCAACGACAUUCGACAACAUCGCUUCAUCCGCGCCUCUCUCAGACCAUGGAGCCGCUGCAGGUUGUGUUCAUCGCAAUGAGUCGCCUCAGCCCUACAGACUUCGCAGAUGCUUUUCUAUCACGCCAGUCGUCACGAGCUGCUCACGACAAUGAUAUUCGCAUCUUUACACCACCGCUGCGUCCCACGAGCACCUGGACUCAUCCAGCAGCGCCUGAUCACUCGUCCGCAUGGAGCGAUUUCGGAAAAGAGUCUGAGCCCUAGAAAGGUGCAGCAUUCAUCGGCCAAACGGCGUGUUGCAUCAUGAAAACUCCCACGAAUCAGCUUUGGUAUCCGACUGGCACAAUUGACUACACCGACGAGAAAGUGUUGCCAGAGCCCUUGAGCUAUCAUGAAAUCGAGCAGCUAGUCCUUGAGGCU